AGAGAACUAAAAUGCGUGUAUGGAGUCGCUUAUCUCGUCUUGCCUUGUUCUCGAAGAUUUGAGCAUUUUUAGAAUUGUACUUUAUUAUAGUUUAUAACGUGAAGCGGUGAAGGUUUUUGGUAAAUGAUCAAACACCAACACGCUAAAGUAUUUCCUGAAAAAUCAAUUAUAUUCAUGGAACUCUCGAAAUGAAGGAGAUGCUCUGCUUCUUGUCAAGUUGUUUUCGAGCUUGAAUAGUUAGAUGAGACAUCUCAAACUAUGAUGUCACAUAGCUUUUUGUAACACUUCAAAAAAGUUGUUACUAUUUUAGGAAAGUUUUGACUGUUUUUGUACUGAAAUAUGAUUUUUACUACUAAUCAGUUAUUUUUUUCUUAUUCAUUAGAUUUCAACCUUUUUUUCAGUUUUUGUUGUCCUUCUUUACAUCCCAAAACCAUUAUAAAAGAAGCACCGAUCACCUCAGCCGGCUAUAGGUCUCGGCGGCGGCCAAGAAUAUAAACGUUGACUUUUUGUUUUCACUUUCUUUGAUCUUUAAUUCAGGUGUGACAAUGCAGACGACUUGUCGAGCUAAUCUAGCAAUGAAUGAACAAGGAACGAUUCAAAGAUCCGGAGAAGAUUGGAUAAGCUUCUUGCCUGAUCCUUUGCUGUGUCAGAUACUCUCCGAUCUUCCUACAAAGAAUGCUGUUACUACUAGUGUCUUGUCCAAGAGAUGGAGGAAUCUCUGGUUUUUUAUUCCAGUCUUGGAUCUUGAUAUUGAUGACUUCCCUGACUACACUACCUUCACCAGCUUCGUCUCCAGGUUUCUAGACUUCUCCCAGGAGUCGUGUUUACACAGCCUCAACCUUGCUUUCAAGAGACAAGAUGAUGAGGAUCCCUCUUUGCUCGCGUCGUGGAUCGAAACCGCAGUUUUGCGUAAGAUCCAACAUCUUGAAGUUGACUGUCGUAUGAGUUUCAUGAGUGAGACGACCCCUCUAAGCCUUUACUUAUGUGAGACUUUAGUUUCACUAAGACUCUAUUUGGUUGCGUUGCCUAGCUUCGAGUCUUUAUCUUUGCCUAAUCUCAAGGUAAUGCAUAUGGAAGAGAAUCUAUACGCUGACGACGAGAUUCUCGAGAAGCUCGUCUCCUCCUGCCCGGUUCUUGAAUCUUUAACGGUCGUUAGAAACGUAGAUGAAACUGUGAAGGUUCUACGUGUUCGGUCUAAAACACUGAACAGUCUCAAACUAGUUCUUGAUAGUUCCAAGUCUUGGUAUAAUGAUGAUAGUAACGACUGGGAGGUUUUGAUUGAUGCUCCUAGACUUAACUAUCUGAGUCUUGAAGAUGACCAGUCGGUAAGUUUUGUAAUAAGCAAUGUGGCUUCAUCUGCAAAGGUAGAGAUUGAUGUAAGUUUCAAUGUGAAUGAUAUUUGGGAUAUGGAUGAGUCAAUGGAGAGAUUCAGUGCUGUUGGUAAAAUGCUCAACGGGCUCUCUAGUGCAAGGGACAUGACUAUUAGUGGAACAACCUUGAAGAUCAUCUCUCACUACAUGAGUUUCGAACCGGUUCCUUGUUUUCCCAACAUGAUCCGGUUACAAACAAAACUGUAUAUGACUGAUAUGUUGCCAAAUUUUCUUGAGAGCUUUCCGAAUCUCCAAUCCCUUGUCUUGAAGCUGAAAGGUGUAAGAUAUUCGGAUACAAUGUGGUUCUCAUUCGUACCAAAGUGUUUGCAAACGAGCCUCGAGUAUGUUGAGAUGACAAGACCAAACUGUGGAGCUGGGAUUGAGAUGAUCAGGAAGCUAGUUAAGUACUUGCUUGAGAACUCCGUAGUCCUCAAGAAGUUUACGCUGCGGUUGGAAUGUGAAGGAAAAGAGCAAGAGUCUAACGUCGUUAAGGAACUCAUGAGAUUCAGGAGAUGUUCUAGUUCUUGUGUUAUUAAUGUUGUUAGACUUGAAGACGAUGUUUGUAUUUUUCAACACCCUUAA